AUGGCGGCGUUUAUUACCGAUCUCAUGCAGUCUAUUUUUACGCCCGGCCCAACCCCCACUCUCCUCGUCGCAACAAACAUAUCAUUUGCAUGCCUCCAAGUCGUACUCCUUAUGCUCUUGAUCGCAACCUACAGCAUACAUUUCAUCAUACUGUCCUUCUUGAGCGCCGGACUCUGGUGGGCUAUCAACUGGUUCGCGGUGGAGCUCAGAGCUGCGGAAGAGGCGGAGGCUGAGAAGAAACGCCGGCUGGCAGAGACGGGGUUAGGAUCAGAUAGUGAGACUGAGGCGGAGACAGUGAUUGAAACGGGGGAUGUUGGAGUGGGGAGUAAAGAAGUAGAGGUUCUGGAGGCCAGGGGAGAGUUGAAAGACCGUGCAAGCUUGGGUGGAAGCAAGUCGGAACUCAGCACAGAGGACGAAUGGGAGAGAGUUAGUGAGAACGAGAAGGAUAAAUGA